AAAAUAAAAUCGCGUCGCCACCGGACCCCGCUCCGCUUCGCUUCCUCCCACCCAAGGGCAACACAAGGCACCCACGCCGCCGCGGCGAUCCCACACCUGCAGAUCGAGCGGCGCGGCGCGGCGGCCGGAGGGAGAUGAGGAAGCGCGAGAGGGAGAACCCGUGCGGGGUCUGCGGGCACUACCACAAGUGCGAGGAAGGGGAGAUAUGCGGGGUCUGCGGCCACAGGCCGGCCGCGGCGGACGCGGUGGCCCCGGCGAGGGUCGACUCCGCCUUCCCCUCCGAGGUGCUCAAGGGCUUCCUCUUCCUCGGCAGCUACGACAACGCCUCCCGCUCCGAGGUCCUGAAGACGCUCAACAUCACCCACAUCCUCAACACUGUGCCGGAUUGCCAUAAUCUUUACCGGAAUUCAUUCACUUACCACUGCCUCCAAGAUGAUAAAACAUUGGAUUUUGAUGGUGCUACUCAGUUUCUAGAGCAAUGUGAAAGAGGGGCUUCACGUGUUCUUGUCCAUUGCAUGUCUGGGAAAAACAGGUCAGCUGCUGUGGUUACAGCCUUCUUGAUGAAGUCUAGAGGGUGGAGACUUGCACCGUCUCUCCAGUGGGUAAAAGAUCGACGGCCACAGGUCCAAAUAACAGAAGCUUCUCAGUGUCAGCUUGUUGAGUAUGAACAGAAGCUCUUUGGACCCAGUGCUGGCUCGCCAGCUCAGACCACGGUCCUAACCGACUCAUUUCCUUCACUUGGAUUUGGUUUCCCACAACCAUCAGGUGACAUCCAAGUGCCUGCGUUCAACCAGACUCCUGUGCCAUCCAUUUUCGAGCGAGCCGGCCCAAACAAUGUUCCCAGUAACUUCACUUUCGGAGCCGAGGGUUCAAUGGGAGUGGGAGUCGGCCCUGCCGCAGGGAUCAGCAAUGGCGCAGUCACCCCAGCUUCGACGGAUAACCAGAUGGACAGCUCUUAAGAUGACUUUUAACAUGUCGCAUAUCACUUGGGACGGAUGCAUGUUACUCUUAGGCCUAUCGAAUAUGUCACUGCAUGUUUAGCUUUCACUUGGUAUGGGUGCGUGGGUCUAUCGAAUAUGUCAUUGGAUGUUUAGCUUUCACCAGAUUGAGAAAUGGUCCUGGCAAACCUUUGGGGUUAUAUCUUACAGUAUAUGGCAGUAGACUUGGCACUCGGCAGUUCACUAUGGCUGUGGACCUGUGGUUGGUGGCUUAUACUAUUUCUGUUACCUGCA